UAAAGUCGUCCGUCGGACUCUUGUAGCUUGAGGACUAAGAGCCGUCUUAACUUCCACACGCCUCCGAGAGAUGUCAAAGGUCAAGAGCUUCUGAGGUUUCGCUCAAGAGAAGUUCAUCAGGUUUCAGGGAGCCAGGGUCGGACAUGUUGAGGGUCUUCUGACAUGCAGCCUGCUCCCCUGCUGGCUCCAGCUGUGCAGUCACAGUGGCCUCAACUCAUAGAUGCGUUUCAUUUGGAGAAGUGAACUUUUGGACUCAAUCACCUGCUCUGGUGGUCGCCACCUGGUGUGACUGGAGAGCACGAUGUGCGCUUAAGUCGGGCCUCCUCGAAACCAGUUUUUUAUUAAGAUGAGCCAAGGUCCAAACCUCGUCCUGGAGUGGCUGUGUAAGCUCCAUCUGGCCCAGUACGUGGAGUCCUUCAUCGACAACGGGUACGAUGAUUUAGAGGUUUGUAAACAGAUUGGGGAGCCAGACCUCGACGCCAUAGGCGUCCAAAUCCAGUACCACAGACACCGGCUGCUCACAGCGGUGCACAAGCUAAAAUAUGAGGACGAAAGUAAAGCACCUGGCUACUAUUUUACCUUGGAGCCCCUGGAUCCCUCCACUUGCAACCGUUCUUUACACUCAAACAGAGAAGAGGACCUCAGGACGUUGAGGUCACGGACCACAGGACUACACGAGGCCUCCUGUCCCGGAAACCACAACCCGAGAUUCACAGAUUGUAAUGAUUUUGUGACUUAUCCCAAACUGAAGCUCAAGGUGCUGUUAAGGGAUAAGCUUGCAAAAGAUGGAAUCAACCUGGGAGAAGCACCGUACACGUAUAAGGAUGGCUCGGUGGGGAACCUUGACGACCUGGCUCAGGAGUAUUCUCAGUACUACGGCACCUCCCUCAGAGACGUGUGUGACAGGAUGGAGGAGCUCCGUAAACGCAAAGUAGUGCAAGAUGCCGAGAUGGGAACAGUUGACUCAGUGGCCACAUCAUUGCAGCUGCGCUCUCAGAUCCAGGAAUCCCUUGGACUCAGCAGUACCAUGUCCACACCAGAGACUGAAAGACGGUUUCCUGUGCACAAAUCCAGCUCUGAUGACGGAUCAGGAGGAAAAUGGGAUGGAAAGAGAAAGAGCAAGUCUUUUUGGCAGAGCUUUCGAAAGUCACAGAAAGGAGCGCUGCGUCAGAUUUCAAAAGGGGACGAUGUUGGUUUUGUGGCCAGUGAAAUCACCAUGAGUGACGAAGAGCGUAUCCAGCUGAUGAUGAUGGUGAAGGAAAAUAUGAUAUCUAUCGAGGAAGCCUUGGCACGGCUGAAGGAGUUUGAAGUACAAAACAAACAGACGUGCCGGUCCGAUCCCACAGAAUGGGCCGAUCCCUCCAGUCUCGCCACGAAUGAGUCAUUCAACUGCAACCCGUGUGACCUGUCAGACAAUGAACAAGAGGAAACUGUGACGUUCAGGAGACUCCACAAGCUGGUCAACUCAACCCGGAAGGUGAAGAAGAAGCUGAUCAGAAUUGAUGAGUCUAAGAGGCCUGGAGCCGAGGCGAGCUUCAUGAUAGAUGGUCUUUCUUUUGGAGAUGCCAGUGCCUCGCUGUACUCUGACGUGCGGAAGAAGCUCGCCGUUUGCCCCGUGGACUCCCUGGCUUCAGCUCUGCGGGACCAGCUCACCUGUGACGGGGACUCCGACGGCCUGACCACCUCCCCCUCCUCCAGCAGCCUGGACACCUGCAGCAGCCAGAAGAUCUUCCAGGCCUUCAGAAAAUCCAGCGGAAGCCCCGUUCAUCAGGAGAGUGCCGCGGCGGAGGUGAGGCCGGCCGCUGGAGGCAGUGGCUCCUCUUUUUCUGAAAUGGAGGGUUCCAAUAAUGAGGGACCCCAAAUCGCUCGCUCUGUGACCGACGGAGAGCUCCGUCACCGGAUCCUCAUCCCGCUCAGCCAGCAUGGGAGAGCUUGUAGCUUUGGAGGUUUCGACCUGACAAACCGCUCACUGCAGGCGGCCAUCUCUAACAACGACAACGUCAAUAAAGACAGAGAUGGUGUGAGAGAUCCCGUUAAGUCUACAACAACAUCUCGUAUUUCCCUCGGCAAAAAAGUCAAGUCAGUGAGGGAAACCAUGAGAAAACACAUAUCGAAGAGAUACCACUGUUCUCUCUCUGAACAGUCGAGCCCGGACCGCACGUGCAGCUGCCCUCACUCGCCUCAGAAGGACUGCGACUCUUUGGAGAAACCCAAACUGAAGCCAGGAGGGUCUGUGGAAAGCCUGAGGAGUUCCCUCAGCGGACAAAGCUCCAUGAGUGGUCAGACUGUCGGUACCACUGACUCCUCCAACAGCAACAGAGAGAGCGUGAAGUCUGAGGACGGGGAAGAGGACGAGCUGCCUUACCGCGGACCCUUCUGUGGGCGCGCUCUCGUUCAUACCGACUUCACGCCCAGUCCCUACGACACAGACUCACUCAAGCUUAAGAGCGGAGACGUCAUCGAUGUCAUUAGCAAGCCUCCGAUGGGCACGUGGAUGGGGAUGCUCAGCGGUAAAGUCGGCACCUUCAAGUUCAUUUAUGUGGACGUCCUGAAUGAAGAGGAGGUGAAGCCCAAAAAGACACGCAGGAGGAGGAAGGCCCGGCAACCCAAACCCACCUCUGUGGAGGACCUCCUCGAUCGCAUCAACCUCAAAGAGCAUCUUCCCACAUUUCUGUUCAACGGCUAUGAGGAUCUGGACACAUUCAAGUUGUUGGAGGAGGAGGACCUGGAUGAGCUGAACAUCAGAGACCCCAAGCACAGAGCGGUGCUGCUCACCGCCGUGGAGCUGCUGCAAGAGUACGAUGGCAGCAGCGACCCGGAGCGAGGCAGUCAGUCUGAAGGCUCCCAGGAGAAGCUGCUCCUGGACAGGCGUGGACUCACCGGUGACUCCCCGCGAGACUCCGGCUGCUACGAGAGCAACGAGAACCUGGAGAACGGAAGGGACAAAAAGACGUCUUCACCCAUGAGCAGGUCCUCCUCCGGUUUUGAGUCAAGCCACCUCCCGUCCCCAGAGUACCCUGCUCCCCCCCAGACCCUGACCUCCACCAGUGCUAGUAAGACUUCACUCCAAAGUAAACCGGGAUACCUGCUCUGUAGCUUAUCCCCACUAAGACCCCCGGAGACCAGCUUAAGUCUCCGAAGCCCGGCAGAAGGUCAUCUUCCCGGUGGAGCCACAGCGAGGAGUCUGAGAAGAAACCCGGCGCCAGGUCUGCUGAGGCGGAGCGUCUCUCUGCCGGUCCUCAGAGCGCAGGAGAGGAAACUCAUCGACCCGAAAAACUGGAAUCUGACCACCGGCGUCAAGACUGAGGCGAGCAGACGGCACUCGGUAGACUCUCAAAAACAUUGUGCGCUCAUGUUUCCGUCCUCCCGAUCUUCAACCGCACCCAGCGCAGACACAGCAAAUGUGUUUCCCCCUAAACAAGCAGAAACAACACAGACCACACACUUCCAGCUGCCGCCCACAAAUCCAGCAGAAAGUUCCAAUCGUCCUUUAACUCCACCUUCCUCACCGAACCCAGAGCCCGUACGAACAGAGACCGCCUGCACGUUCAACUACACAAAUCGCGUGUCGUCCGAGGACAAGAAGAGUCGUUCAGUUUCAGCUAAUUCUGAAGCCCGCCGGCUGAAAAUAAAAAGAAAUUAGACGACGACCGUAAACUCUGUAAAUCUGAGUUCCCUGGCAGAAGAAAAGGCUCCAGGUCCACAGUGUUGAUCUGAAACUGGAGCCACUUUCUGACGGACUGUCGGCCUCAAAAGCAAAUUAACUGUUACUCUACCGAUGUUAAUUGCAGCUGUCGACCAUCUUAAAACCAUGUGGGUUUUUUUUCACACGGUUUUAAAGAAGCAGUGUGUAGGAUUCAGUGCCCUCUAGCUGUGAAGUUGCAUCAUUGCAACCCAAUGUUUACUUUGUGGUCGUCAUGGAUACACGUCUCGUUGUCAGAUGUUUCCAUUCAGCCGAAUCCAGUUUGUCCAGCAGUUACUCAAACAUCAUCAUGGUUCAUCAAACAAUGCCUUUAUUAAAUCAUUAUUCAUUUAAAUGUUUUUAAUCUAACUGAAGAUUUUUUUAAUUCAGUUUUAAACAAUUUUUUUCUUUACAGCUGGAAAAUACUAAAUA